AUGUAUAAUUGCCCAUGCCAACAAAGAGAUAUUGAGGUUGUGGACAGAAGGUACCUUUUUGAAUUUGAUAUAAAUCAAAAUAAGUAUUGUCCAGAUCCAGAUAAUCUAAUCAACAAAACUUUCACUCCUAAUGUACACUCUAAAUAUUAUGAUACUCAUGAAUUUCAUAAGCUGAAAACUGAAACACACAAAAAUAAGUGUUUCUCUGCAAUGCAUACAAGCAUAGAGUCUCUCAUGCACAAUUUUGAUUCUUUACAUAGCCUUUUAAGUGACCUUGAUCAUAAUUUUGAUGUGAUAGCAGUUUCAGAAACUUGGAACUCUAAAGCUAGAAAAUCCACUUUCAGACCAGGUAUUCUUGAUGGAUAUCAUGAAUAUGUUGGACAAGUAGGAAAUUCAUUGAAAGGAGGGUGUGGAAUGUACAUAAAAGAAAAUAUUAAGUUUAAGGAGCGUAAUGAUUUAAGUGUUUCUUUUAUUGAUGAAAAUAAUGAGUACCAAUCAAAAUGGAUUAAAAUUAUUAAUAAUAAAAGUGCAAAUAUUUUAACUGCUGUUUUUUAUAGGCACCCUAAAAAGUCAACAGACGUAAGCUUUACUAACCAUAUUGAAAACACCUUACAAAAAUUAAAAAAAGAACAUAAAAACAUAAUCUUGCUUGGGGAUUUCAAUUACUGUCUUUUAAAUUAUGAAACAAAUAAGGAAAUAAGGAGAUUUGUGGAGUGUUUAUAUGAUCAUUUUUUGCAACCAUGUAUAACACAACCAACUCGUACUAUUUUAGGUGCCAAACCCAGCUUGAUUGACAAUAUCUUCACUAAUAUAGUAGAUAAGGAUAUAUCCAGUGGAAAUCUCAUUAGUAAAAUCACUGACCACAUGCCUAACUUUAUUUUUGUACAAAACCUUGUCAAUAUGACUCAAAAUGAUAAAAUUACAAAAAGAGACUUCUCCAAAUUCAAUGAGAUUUUACUUGAGAGAACGAAAAACUUCACUGAGCUUUCUUCCAAUGUGAAAAACAUUGCAACGAAACUGGAAAAACUAGAAUCAACUUUCCAGCAAGAUAUUGUAAAAUUGAAAUCAAAUUACACGAUAUAUAAAGAUUUUCAGGAACAACUAGUCUCAGUCAUCAACAAACAUGCACCUCUGAAGACAUAUUCUAAAAGGGAAAGUAAGUAUAAAUAUUAUUGUAAACAUCUAAAACAACUGAUCAAAACUUCAAAAGCAAAGUACUAUAAAGAAUAUUUCUCUGUGCAUUUAAACAACUCUAAAAAAGUUUGGAAGGGAGUCAAUGAAAUCAUUAACAAAAGGAAAAAAAUAGGAGUGGGUAACAUAUUCCUCAGUGAAAAUGAUUCUAUUGUUACUGAUCAGAAAAAAGUUGCCAAUAUGUUUAAUGAAUUUUAUGGAAGUGUCGCCAAAAAACUUGUUGAAAAACUUCCUAAACCAAUCACACAAUUUCAAGACUAUCUAAAAAAUCCUAACGAACACAGUAUUUUUUUGACAGAAGUAGAUCCAGGUGAAGUUUAUUUACUACUCUGCAAGUUAGACUCCAAAAAGGCAGCUGAUAUUUAUGGUAUCUCACCAAAAUUUUUAAAAAUCGCAGCGCCUGCAAUCAGCAGUCCUAUUGCUCAAAUUAUAAAUAAGUCUUUUGAGCUGGGGAAAUAUCCAUCGUUAUUGAAAACAGCAAAAGUAAUCCCCGUACACAAAGGAGAUUCAAAACUGGAUGUCUCUAAUUAUAGGCCAAUCUCCUUACUCCCUGUAGUAAGUAAGAUCUUUGAAAAGGUUAUGUUUGAUCGUCUAUACAACUUUGUAACCAAAAUGAAUCUUUUACACAGUAAGCAAUAUGGAUUCCAAAAAAAUAAGUCAACAGACCAAGCCAUUUUAGAUCUUCAGGCAAAUAUUGUGGAAAGACUGGAAAAGGGAGAGAUAUCAUGUGCUAUCUUUUUAGACUUUGCUAAAGCUUUCGAUACUGUUAACCAUCGUAUACUUAUUCAAAAACUAAAUUUUUAUGGUGUUAGAGGCCUAGCACUAGAUUGGUUUUCCUCAUACCUUACAAAUCGCACUCAAUGUGUAUCAGUGAAAAACAGCAAUUCACACUUCAUAAAUAUAGAGAAUGGAGUCCCUCAAGGCAGUGUACUAGGUCCACUUCUUUUCUUACUCUACAUAAAUGACAUUGUCACAGCUUCUCCAGUUCUUCAAUUUUAUUUAUUUGCAGAUGACACAGUAUAUUCUUCUCGCAUAAAAACAGACAAACACUUGAAAAAGUCUUAA